AAAUAUAAAUUUUAAUGCCUCCAUAACUAUUCAUCGAAUCUUUGUACAUCUGAGUGGCAUUCCUUAGUAAAACAAUAUAGUUGAAGAACAAAAGGACGGUCCUCGACGCCAUGGCCACCGACUUCAAAUCCAUCCCAGUUAUCGAUAUUGCUCCUCUGUUGGCCGAAUGCAACGAUCCGAAAAUGGAUCAAGACCCUGGUGUAUGUGAAGUUGUUAAACAAUUGGAUCAAGCUUGCCGUGAGGCUGGAUUCUUCUAUGUGAAAGGUCACGGUAUCCCUGAGACUAUGGUGAACGAGGUUAGAAAUAUAACACGAAAAUUCUUUGAUCUUCCGUACGAAGAAAAACUGAAGAUCAAAUUGACACCAGCUGCUGGAUACAGGGGAUACCAGAGAAUUGGAGAAAACAUAACCAAAGGCGUGCCUGAUAUGCAUGAAGCUAUUGAUUGCUAUAAAGAAUUAAAACAAGGGAUGUAUGGAGCUCUUGGCAAACCAAUGGAAGGAUGCAAUCAAUGGCCACAUAAUCCCCCAAACUUCAAAGAACUGAUGGAGGAGUAUAUCAGCCUCUGUACAGAACUGUCAAGGAAAAUUCUUCGGGGAAUAGCUUUUGCAUUGGGUGGAUCACCGGAUGAAUUUGAAGGAGAAAGAGGCGGUGAUGCAUUUUGGGCGAUGCGUCUUAUUGGUUACCCAGGAGCAUCAACCGCAAACGGAAAAUGCAAACCUGAUACUGACAUUGGAUGCGGUGCACACACGGAUUAUGGUUUGUUAACAUUGGUGAAUCAAGAUGAAAAUAUCACAGCACUUCAGGUGAGAAACCGAUCUGGUGAGUGGAUCUCAGCUCCUCCGAUUCCAGGAACAUUUGUAUGCAACAUUGGUGAUAUGUUGAAGAUACUAUCCAAUGGUUUAUACGACUCAACACUUCACCGAGUUAUCAACACAUUUCCGACAUAUCGCGUUUGUGUUGCGUACUUUUACGAGCCAAAUUACGAUGCAGCAGUGGAGCCUUUGGAAGUGUGUGUACAGAGGAGCGGCGGAACUCGAAAGUUCGAAAAAGCUGUAUACGGCCAACAUUUAGUUAGCAAAGUUCAAACAAACUUCGUUACGUAGAAGUUUGAGGUUCAAUUUUGGGGCAAAACUUUCCAUCCUUUGAUUGUACAUUUGACUUCAUAAUGUCUCAAAAUGCAGUGGUUAAGCUUGA